ACUGGAACAAGUCUCAGCAACUCACAUGUGUUUUGGAGAGUGUGCGGGCUAGAAAUGGCGGGUGACGAAGAACAGUUCCGUCAGCUAUUAAAUGGGCUUUUAAGCCCUGAUAAUGAAAUCCGGAAACAAGCAGAGGACACAUAUGACACGGUGAGCUCAGACACGAAGCUCCAGCUGCUGCUGGGGGCUUUGUUUGAGGAGAGCCUGGGCGAGGAGCUGCGGUCCAUGGCAGCUGUCCUGCUACGUCGCUUCCUCUCCUCCAGCUUUGAUGAAGUCUUUCCCAAGCUGCCGCCCCAUGCCCAGACGAGCAUCAGAGGCCAGCUGCUGGCAGGAGUGCUGCAAGAAGGCAACCCACAGCUGCGUAAGAAGAUGUGUGACGUCAUCAGCGAGCUCGCGCACGCCCUGCUUGACGAGGAAGGCAACAAUCUCUGGCCUGAGUUCCUGCAUUUCCUUUUUGAGAGCGCCAACAGCAACCAGGUCCAUCACAAGGAGGUCGCCCUCACGCUCUUCAGUUUGGUGCCUGGAACAUUUGGUAACCAGCAGGCUCAACAUCUGGGCAUGAUACGCACCAUGCUGCUCUCCUCCCUCAACGACACCGCCAACCCCACCGUCCAAGCGCUGGCAGUGAAGGCGACGUCAUCGUUCCUGCUGCUACACGACAGCGAAGCCACCAUCCACAAGGGCUUUGCUGAUCUCCUCCCGCCGAUGCUAAACAUCAUCGCGGCCUCCAUCGAACAGGGCGAUGAUGAUGCGCUGCUUAAGAGCCUUGUUGAUGUGGCUGAGACUUGUCCUAAAUACCUCAGACCUCAGCUCGAACCCAUACUUCAACUCACGGUCAAGGUGCUACCAGAUGACAACAUCCCUGAGGCGUUCCGGCACCUGCUGCUGGAGGUGGUGGUGACGCUGGCCGAGACAGCACCUGGCAUGGUGCGCAAGGUGUCUGGCAAGUACCUCGCCCAGCUCAUCCCCCACGUCCUCAACAUGAUGACGGACCUUGAAGACGAAGAGGACUGGAGUGUGAGUGAUGAACUAUUGGAGGAAGACAACGACAGCUCGAGCGUAGUGGCCGAGUCAUCACUGGACAGGCUGGCUUGUGGUCUGGGGGGCAAGACGGUGCUCCCACACAUCAACUCCGCCCUCUCGCAGAUGCUCAACAGCCAAGACUGGAAGCAUCGUCACGCUGCCCUUAUGGCCAUCUCGGCAGUGGGCGAGGGCUGCCAUAAGCAGAUGGAGGCCAUGCUGCCUCAGAUUAUGGACGCCAUCAUCGUUUUCUUGCGCGACUCACACCCCCGCGUUCGGUUUGCGGCGUGUAACGCCAUCGGCCAAAUGGCCACUGACUUUGCACCGACAUUCCAAAAGAAGUUCCAUGAAAUGGUCGUGCCUGGCUUGCUGGCCGUCAUGGAGGACGCUGCCAACCCCCGCGUUCAGGCUCACGCAGGCGCCGCACUCGUUAACUUUUCUGAAGUCUGCCCUAAGAAUAUCUUGACUACAUACCUGCCAACUAUCAUAGGCCAGCUUGAGAGAAUCCUGGAGGCAAAGUUCACAGAGCUCAUGGAAAAAGGAACCAAACUCGUUCUUGAGCAAGUGGUGACCACCAUCGCUUCUGUGGCGGACACUGCAGAGGAGAACUUCUUGCAGUAUUACGACAAGUUCAUGCCUUGCCUCAUGUACAUUAUUGAGAACGCCAACUCUCAGGAGCUGAGGAUGCUUCGGGGCAAGACAAUCGAGUGCGUGUCUUUGAUAGGGCUGGCCGUGGGGCCUGACAAGUUCAUGACUGACGCCGGCAAGAUGAUGGAUCUUCUUUUGAAAGCUCAGACAAACCAAGAUGAAAUGAGUGAUGAUGACCCACAGGUGUCUUAUCUUAUCUCAGCGUGGGCUAGAGUUUGCAAGAUUAUGGGCAAGAGAUUUGAACCUUACCUGCCUCUUGUGAUGGGCCCUGUACUGAAGACGGCUUCUCUCAAGCCUGAAGUUGCUUUGCUUGACAACGAAGAUAUGAACACCGUCGACAAUGAGGAUGACUGGCAGUUUGUUUCUAUUGGAGAACAACAAAACUUCGGUAUUCGUACGGCCGGUCUUGAGGAAAAGGCUACAGCUUGUCAGAUGCUCGUGUGUUACGCUCGUGAGUUGAAAGACGCUUUUGCAGACUACACUGAAGAAGUUGUUAAGCUUAUGGUCCCAAUGCUAAAAUUCUAUUUCCAUGACGGAGUCCGAACUGCUGCUGCUGAGUCACUGCCUUACCUGCUCGAGUGCGCCAGGAUAAAGGGGGCGCUGUAUUUGCAAGAAAUGUGGAGUUUCAUUUGCCCUGAACUUCUAAAAGCAAUUGAAACAGAACCAGAAAAUGAAGUUCUCAGCGAGCACAUGUACUCCAUGGCCAAGUGUAUUGAGGUUCUAGGCUCGGGGUGUCUGUCUGAGGAACAAACUACCGAGCUCGUCAAAAUGCUGGAUAAAGUCCUCACUAACCACUUCGAGCGCGCCAACAAGAGACACGAGAAGAGAAAAGAUGAAGAUUACGACGAGGUUGUAGAGGAACAGCUUUUAGAUGAAGACGACGAGGAUACGUACGCUCUCAGUAAAGUGUCAGACGUGCUGCAUUCUUUGUUCGCCGCGUACGGCUCUCAGUUCUUCCCCUUCUUUGACGCCAUUCUUCCUCACAUCGUGCACCUCCUCAGCCCCGAGAGGAGUUGGCCAGAUCACCAGUGGGGAUUGUGUAUAUUUGAUGACGUCAUCGAGUAUGGCGGGCCAAACUGCAUCAAGUACACUGACCACUUCCUGCAGCCGCUGUUGGACGCGGACGAGGCCCCUCACGUCUACGGCUACCUGUGCGACCUCAUCGACGCCAACCACCCGCUGGUGCUGGGCCCCAACAACGCUAAUCUGCCCAACAUCGUCGCGCUCUUUGCCGAGGCGUUCAUUAAAGAAGCGAUCGAGCGCAGCAGUGAAGUAGGCGAGCGAAUGGUGCUGGUGUUGCAGCAGCUGCAGGCCAGCCCCGACGUCUUCUCUGUCGUCCUGCAGCACUUGUCUCAACAACAGCAACAUGCCAUCCAUAUUUUCCUAAAUCCUCAGGAUUCAACGGCUUCUUAG